CCACUUUUAUUACUAUCAGUAUUUUUACACAAGUAUCUGUAUGUCUAAAUAAUGUGAGGACUUUUUCCCCACCUUAAUAGGAAUUAACAUUGUGGAUAUUAUAUCAUAUAGUUGUGUUUUGCCAGUACAUUAUAUUUCCUUAUUUUUAAAAAAUGAGAUUCAUCGUUUUUCGUCCCGUCAUAUCGAACGAGAUCUGGAGGUACCUGAAGUGGCCGCCGGGCACCUCCUCCCGUAUGUUCUCGCGAGACUUUUUGAUGACAGUCACGAAGAAAGCAAGCUUGCUGGAUCUGAGUUUUUGUUUUUUGCAGCUUAAACGCGUCCUCUUAUCGCAGAAAAAAGAACGUCCUCUCGCUUGGACAUAUUUUAUUUGAUUUUAAAAUUAUAUAUAUUUGCUAUGAAGAAGUUCCAGUAAAUACUAUAUUUUGUUUUCGACAUUUCUGUAACAUGUUUCAGGGCUGCAGGAAAGUCGACUGCAUGGAUUUAAUAUCAUUGCUGGAUAAUUGUAGCGGCUAACACAUUCCCCUUUGUGCGACUAAUCCAGGCUUUUUGCUGAGGAAUAUCCUCGGGAAAGUUGUCGGGAUGGCGGUCCGUGAAACCGGGCGGUGAGUCCCUCCUCCGAGGGCUGGCAAGCUCCUCCGGAGGAAUAUAAACGAUUGUUUCGGAUGGAGCACUGUCACGCUGUGGGAUUCAACGCCAUGAACGUAAUCCACACCUAACCGCGGGCACUUUGAGGUGGGAUCGAGCAACAAAGACCGGACCGCCAGCACCACCCGCGUGAGUCCACGGACAUGGAUAAACUGACCGUGAUAUCAGGAUGUCUGUUCCUCGCUGCAGAAAUCUUCGCCAUCGCCAGCAUCGCGAAUCCGGACUGGAUCAGCACUGGAGAGUCAGCUGGCUCGCUGACUGUCGGUCUGGUCCGACAGUGCCAGACCAUUCACGGCCGAGACCGGACCUGCAUCCCCCCGCACAUGCCUCCCGAGUGGGUCACCACCCUUUUCUUCAUCAUAGUGGGCGUCCUCUCGCUAACCGUCACUUGUUGCCUGCUGAUCAUGUCCCACUGGCGCCGUGAGGUCAUCCGAUACGCCCGCUGGAUCGCCUUCACAGGGCUUGUCCUCUUCUGUAUGGCCGCCCUCAUCUUCCCCAUCGGCUUCUACGUCAACGAGGUUGGAGGACAGCCGUACAAGCUGCCCAACAACACCGGGGUGGGUUCCUCUUACGUGCUCUUCGUCCUGUCCAUUUUUUUCACCAUCGUGGGCCUGCUCUUCGCCGGGAAAGUUUGUUUACCCGGCUGACGUACUUUACACACGGGAACUGUUGGCCAUUUGGAAGCCGAAGAUGCAAACUGUUUUUUUGUUGUUUUUUUCUGGUCCUCUCGGGACGACGCUCCCGAUUGGAGCGGGAAAUACAUCCCGUCCAUCUGUUGGUUCAGAGAGAGUGAGGGCCUUCCUGAAGGAGCGCACGCGUGGUGGGAAGGUUUCAAAAGAUGGAUUGAAACAAGGGCGUCUUAUCGACUAUCUUCAGAAGGAAAGAGUGAACCCCCUUUCACACAGUUUACAAAAACUGAUACGUUGUGUGAGCAGCACAAUACAAUCUAACAUUUUCAGUGAUGUUGAUUUCACUUUUUUUUUUUUUGGUAUUUAUUUUCUUGCUUUGUAAUUCAUUUUUUUUCUAAGUUAAAAAAAAAGGCCUAAUAUAUUCCAGUGUAUAGCCACCAUUAACGUGUAGGGAUCAAAUUGCCUUAAAAAUGUGGAUUCGUUUUGUGCUUUAGUUGAGGAUUUUAGCGUUGAUUUUGUGUGUGUGUGUGUGUGUGUGUGUGUUUUAAAAAAAUACAGUGAACUCCUGCUCUUCCGCGAAUAAUUGACACAGCAAGAAGGUUCAUAAUUUUGAAA